AUGGAGCCGGUCGCCAGCAACGCCAAGUGCUGUCCCUCCUCCACCUCGCUCCUGCUCUCCUCCUCUCUGCUGGCUCUUGUGCUGCUGCUGUUGCUUGCGCAGUUGCCGUCCAUGGCCAGCUGCCACGAGGAGAUGAAGUCCAUCGACGUGGGUCAGAGGGUUCUCCCCGUGCGCCUCGGCCGCCCCGCGUUCGGCCCCGAGAGCCUCGCCUUCGACCACCGCGGCGACGGGCCCUACACCGGCGUCUCCAACGGCCGCGUCCUCCGCUGGCGCGGCGCCCGGCGCGGGUGGACCGAGUUCGCCCACAACUACAAGCACGAGACGGUGGCCAUGUGCGCGGCGAAGAAGAGACUGGCGUUGCCGGAGAGCGAGUGCGGGCGGCCGCUGGGCCUGCAGUUCCACCGCGCGUCCGGCGACCUCUACUACGCGGACGCGUACCUGGGGCUGAUGCGCGUGGGGCGCCGCGGCGGGCUGGCGGAGGUGGUGGCCACGGAUGCCGGCGGCGCGCCGCUCAACUUCGUCAACGGCGUGGACGUCGACCAGGAGACCGGCCACGUCUACUUCACGGACAGCAGCGCCACGUACCAGCGGAGCGACUACAUCAUGAUCAUCCUGACCGGCGAAGCGACGGGGCGGCUGCUGCGGUACGACCCGGCCACGGGCAGCGCCCCCACCGUGCUGGCGUCCGGCCUGUCCUUCCCCAACGGCGUGGCGCUGAGCGCGGACGGGACGCACGUCGUGGUGGCCGAGACCACGCGGUGCCGGCUGCUCCGCCACUGGCUGCGCGGCCCCGCCGCCGGCACCACCGAGCCCUUCGCGGACCUGCCGGGGUACCCAGACAACGUGCGCCGCGCCGACGCCGGCGCCGGUGGGUACCACUACUGGGUGGCGCUGAACCGGGACAAGUCGUGGCUGGCGAACGGGACGACGCCCCGGUCCGUGGCUGCCGUCAGGGUCCACGGGGAGACUGGUGCCGUCACCGAGGCGCUGCGCGGGCUUGGGAACGCCACGGUCAGUGAGGUAGUGGAGCGGCCCGGCGGCGCGCUCUGGCUUGGCUCCGUCGACACGCCCUAUGUUGGUCUGUUGAAGGUCGACGACCUCUAG